CAGACUGUCAUGUCAUGCUUCAAGGUCUACUAUGGGCAGUUCUUCAUCUAAAGCAGCCCGUAAGCUACCCAAGGAAAAACCAUCAUGGGCAGGUUCUCGCACACCCUUGAAACCGGACAGUGCUCAAGAAAUACGACGUCCAAGACCACUCGCGUUUGAAAAUAAGACUGAUGCGAUCGAGGCCGAUGCAAAAGACCCGCAGUUUAUGUUCAAGCUAAACCAGCUAGGCCCUGUGCGCGUCGACCACCACAUGCGGUCCGUCCGACCAGCAGACUAUGUUCAGCAGAUGCAUCGUUCUCGACUUCAGUCUGAAAUGGAGGCUUCUCCGUCACAUUCCACUCGAAAUCGCUUACUGGCCUCAUCGCUGAGCGAAUUAUUGGAGUCCCGGAAAACAGUCAAAUCUCAAGCAGAACUUCAGGCCUUAGCAGAGCAGUAUCAUAUCGACAUUACCAAGCUGGACGAGCUCGCGAAGUUUGUCAACACACCCUCCAUUGACGAAAGCACCAUGGUAAAGAGCACCAACCAGGAAGGGGAGGAAACUCUGACAAUGAUGGUGAGUCCGUCAGUGUCCUACUAAGAGUACGAGUGAAAUUAUUGUAUUCAGGCUCGCUGGGUCGACCCCAAACUUGAAACGUGAUGGAGGUUGAUGAUCUUUCGAUUAUUCUUAGUCGUGCCACACUUUCUCUGAUAACACAAGUCCCGUAGUACUUACUUACAAAAUAGAGAUGUCAAAAU